AGAGAGAGAGAGAGAGAGAGAGAAACAAAACAAAACAAAACAAAAUCCUAACAGCAUAAAUGAUAUCACUGCAUGUUCUCAGGAACACUUUUUAAAGUUGUCGGUAGUUUAGCUGUAAAUACACUUUGUUUGUAAAUGAAUAUAUGUUAAAGAAUGUAGAAAAUGUUGAUUUACAGGUAAACUGAUUUACAGGUAAAUCAACCAACGCCCAACUUGCCCAGCUGACUCAGAUACUGAGGUGUCCUGUGUGUUCAUGGAGAGCUGCAUCUUACCAUGCAGUUUUCAGCCGAUUCAUGAUGUCGUCAUCCACUGGAUUAAGGACCCAGGAGACACUUAUGCCCACUCCUACUUCUACAACCAAGACCAGCUCUCAAAGCAGGACCAGAGCUUCAAAGGCAGGACGUCACUGUUCACAGACCAGAUCUCCAGAGGAAACGCGUCUCUGCAGCUCACAGGAGUCAAGGUUCAGGACCAGAGCAGAUACAAGUGCUACACCAGCAGCAACAAUGGCAACAAGGAUCUGUUCAUCAGCCUAAAAGUGGACGCUCCUGUCACUGAGGUCCACAUUCAGCAGGUAGAAAACAGGAUCAUCUGCAGCUCAGAGGGGAUCUACCCUGAGCCUGAGCUCACCUGGUCCACCAGUCCUCCAUCCAACAUGACCUGUCAGAACACAACAACAGUCCAGCAGACUGAACAGCAGCUCUACAGCAUCAGCAGCACUCUGAUACCUCCAGACAGCACUACUGAUCUGGUCUACAGCUGCACCGUCAGCACUCGCAGAAAUACAAGGAGAGCCACUUUGACCAAACUGCAUACUGAGGUGUCCUGUGUGUUCAUGGAGAGCUGCGUCUUACCAUGCAGUUUUCAGCCAGGUCAUGAUGUCGUCAUCCACUGGAUUAAGGUGCCAGGAAACACUUUUGUCCACUCCUACUUCCACAACCAAGACCAGUUCUCAAACCAGGACCAGAGCUUCAAAGGCAGGACGUCACUGUUCACAGACCAGAUCUCCAGAGGAAACGCAUCUCUGCAGCUCACAGGAGUCAAGGUUCAGGACCAGAGCAGAUACAAGUGCUACACCAGCCCCAACAAUGGCAACAAGGAUCUGUUCAUCAGCCUAAAAGUGGACGCUCCUGUCACUGAGGUCCACAUUCAGCAGGUAGAAAACAGGAUCAUCUGCAGCUCAGAGGGGAUCUACCCUGAGCCUGAGCUCACCUGGUCCACCAGUCCUCCAUCCAACAUGACCUUCAAGAACACAACAACAGUCCAGCAGACUGAACAGCAGCUCUACAGCAUCAGCAGCACUCUGAUACCUCCAGACAGCACGACUGAUCUGGUCUACAGCUGCACCGUCAGCACUCGCAGAAAUACAAGGAGAGCCACUUUGACCAAACUGCCUUCUAUCAGUGGCUCCAGCACUGACACAACAAUCCCAUGCAGCGUCUCAAACACUGAUCUCAUGGGCUUCAGCCUCGUUUGGAGAUUUAACCACAGUCAGAUCAUCCUGAAUGAGACCAGCAUCAAUGUCACCCACCAGGUCUCAGAGGAGUGGAGGCAGCGGGUGAAGGGUGUGUCUGAGUCAGGAAACCUCAUGCUACAGGACUUAUCUUUGAAACAGGAGGGGAUAUACACCUGUGAACUCAGCAAUGCUGAGGAGACGUUCAUCAGUAACACCUUUCUGAGAGUAGAGCAAGGGAGUCAAACUAACAUCACGGGCAUUAUUAUAGCUGUGCUGGUUGUGACGGUUGUACUGGUUGUACUGCUAACACUGUACUACAAAUAUAAAAAGGGGAGGGAGUCAGUGAGUCAUGAAGCAAACAUCCAUCAUAAUAGCCCUGCAGUGACUCCUUGUGGACCAAAGUGUGUCACAUUCACAGUUCCCUGCUACUGCAACCUCACUUUGUCUCAGCGUCUACAUGAGGAGGUGCAGGUGGACAUUAAUGGGAACAGCUUUCCAUGCUUACUAUUUUAUUAUUGUGCGUUCAUGACACUAAGUACUGAUAAUGUCACCCAGUUUAAAUCAUGGGCCCUGUCGUCAUUUCUAUGCGUAUAUGUGGAUAUUUUUGAAAACACAUUUUGCCUCUCUGUUUUGUACCUUGGAGAAAACUCUGGUCUUUGCCUCUUAAGUAUUUUCUUAUUGAUAAAAUGAGGGAAGUUCAGUUUCAAUGCAUUCACAGGUUCUGCCCAGCCCAAAAUGUCUUCAGUUGAUAUGAACUGGACAUUGAGUCACAUUUGUUUUGGUCAGAUUUUCUUGUGUUUGUUCAUCAUGUUUUAUUGCACUUUACUUUUUGUUUAAAGGAUGUUUUCUUUGGUAUAUUUCAUUUCAAAUCUUUUACUUUUACUUGCUAAGUGCCACAUCCAAAAAUGUCAGUUCAUUAGAUCUGAAACAUUGUUUCUCAUGUGUAAGAAUGAACUCAGUAACAUGUGAACUCCAUAAGAUAUUCAACCCAAAACCUAUGAGGACUGUGGAUAUACUGCUCCAACUUUCAGCAAACUAGUUAAGAUACUAACAUGCCAACUUGACAGCUGUGAAUACUAACAAUGGCCAUGUUUGUUUACGUUCAGUAUUAUAUUGUUCAGUAUUUUAUCACAUUUCCUUCAGUAUUUUUCCAACCUUCCCUCAUGUGCUGUGCCUUAAUAAUGUUUAUUAUGCAGUCCAGUACACCCACAGCUGCCUGUAUGUGACUUUUGACUUUGAUAUGAAAAAUUAGAGUAUUUUUUUACUUUUGUAAUCUAAAUAUCUGUUUUGUAUUUUGUUUUUCUGUGAAACUAAUGCAGGAUGUUGCUCAUUCAGAGGUCAAACAGAUUGUCUUUAUCUGUAAAUCAUACUUUAUUUCUAAUCAGAGAAUUUAAUGAAUUUAA